AUGACUUCAGACCGAAGUGAGACCCCGGACUCGGACGGUGACCGAAAGCCUGGGUCCAUCAACGGCUCCGGCCAGGCGCCCGCCCGGAAGCGGCAGCGAGUCCGACUGAGCUGUCUCGAGUGUCGUCGUCGCAAGCUCUCGUGCGACCGGGGCUUCCCGUGCGAGCGUUGCAUCAAGAGCGGCACGCCCGACCGUUGCAGCUACGAGUCUCGCAAUGGAGAGGUAGUCAAUGCCUCCUCGGGCGUGCCCCCGCCCUUUGCCCAGCUCGACUCACGCCGCUUCGUCGAUCCAACUACUGGCCUGUCCCCGCGGGACCCAGAGUUCGUCCGCCAGGAUCACGAUCGGAUCCGACGCCUCGAGCUCGAGAUCGCCCAGCUCAAGAACCAGAUAUCCCGCACCGGCGUCUCCUUUGAUGGCAGCACCGUCGCUGCCACAACCACCUCGCCCCAGACCCAAAAGGAUGACGCCCAUCCUGGGGAGCCCGACCCCUCCGUCCGCGAAGUACACGAGUCCAUCGAGGCUACCAACAUGUCUGCCGAUAAGGGGGAGCUUCGCUUCUUCCGUGGCCGGGGCUUCCGCACCCGUUACUUUGGUCCCCAUAACGCCAGUAUGGCCUUUGUCGAGUUGACAGGCCUCUGUCCUUUCAUGAAGGAGACGGCGGAUGAAUGGCUUCGUCCAGUCAUCCUCCAUGACCGAAAGGACCGCAAGAGAAGACGCGAGGAUCGUGAAAAGAUCUUUGAGCAGUCGGACCCAGAGUUGGAGGCCCUGCUGCCGAGCAAGGAGGAGUCUGAUGCCCUCAUCGAUGUCUACCUUGACCAGUUCGAGCAGGUCCAUCGCAUCGUUCACAUCCCUACGUUCCGCAAGGAGUACGCCGAGUACUGGGAGCCCGGCUCCACCAAGCGCUAUGCUGCCUUCACUGCCCUCAUCCUCGCCAUGAUGGCCGUGGCAAGCUGUGUUCACACCCACGAUAACCUCAAGUUCAUUGGCAUGAUGUCCAAUGCCCGUCACUGGGCAGAGCGAUGGAUCAAGGCCUGCGACGAGUGGUCGUCGAGGCAGAGUCAGAAGCAUCGUCGCUUGAUUCACUACCAAGUGGCCUGCCUCUUGUAUCUGGGCAAGAGGGUCAACACCAUCAAGAAGAAGCGCUUCUGGACUGGCUCCGGAGCCUUGAUCCAGGACGGAAUUGCGGUUGGACUCCAUCGGGAGCCAAGUCACAUGGCUGCUAAGAUCACCGUCUUCCACCAAGAGAUGCGUCGGAGAAUCUGGGCGACGGUCCAAGAGUUUGAUAUGCAGGCGUCGUUUGAUCAUUGUCUACCGACGCUUGUGAGUCAACUUCACUACGACACCAAUGCGCCUCGCAACCUCGACGACGAAGACUUUGACGAAAGCACUACGGUUCUCCCACCUGGGAAGCCUACCAAGGAGUACACCUUUUCCUCCUUCCAGCAUCUGGCUCGACAGAGUCUACCGCUCCGCCUGGAGCUCAGCCGUUUGUUGACAGGCCCAUUGUCUGACAUCGACUAUGACCAGGUGAUUCGAUACACCAACGAUUUGACGCAGGAGAUCGAUGCGCUACCGUCAUGGGAUAUGAACAUUGAUAACACCAAGGGGAAGAAAAAUCCAUUGAUUGCAUAUACGCUUCUGCAUGUGCAGCUGCGACAGUAUAUCAUUCCACUCCAUCAACCAUAUUUAAAGCUCCGCAAGCAAAACUCCAAGUAUCAGUACUCGGAGAUUAUCUAUUACAACGCGGCACGGGACAUUGUCCUUUUGCAUGACAAGCUCUAUGAGCAAGGGGUCCGCAGCCUCAACUUCCUCCGAGAGGAUGCGCUCACGACAGCCAUCAACCUCUGCAGCGUGACAAUGCUGCAGCCUCGAGGAUCGACCAAUAUGAUCAUGAUCAACUCACAUCACACACUCAAGCUGAUUGAGAAGUGCAUUGCGAUGAAGGAGGACCGACUCCUUCGGUGUGGCAACAAUGAGCCGUGGGGAUACUCGAUCAUGUGUGCGGCGCUGGGACUCCUUGAGGCGCAUCUGGGAACCAAGGAGCCAGAGGUUGCCAAAUCGACCUCAGCAGAGAGGUUUGUCAACCUACACUACCGACUCCUUGCCAACCAGGAGCCUCCAGUGUCCGGGGAACAAGUAUCAGGACCGAUGAAUGCGGUGGCAGGUGGCCCAGCAACAAUGGGGCCGGCACCCAACAUACCGCUACACGACCGGCCAAAGGUAAUGAAGCUUGAGUUCCAUGGCAGGGCGUUUCCUAAUAUUGGUAUCCAGUCGGUGACCCCCUUCUCGUUUACGCCGACGAUGCCCUCGGCUCCGAUCGACCCAAACCAGGCCCCUUGGAUGAUAGGGGGAGACCCCGCUCAGCCUUUCAAUCUGGAUCCGAGUCUGGAGCUGCUAGGGCUGAAUCUGAACGAGAUCUGGGGCGAGUCCUGGGAGCUGGGUUAA